GAUUCACAAUUCGCAGCAGAACCGUGCCAAUCAGCAGUCGUAGUAAGGUUGCAGGAGAGCAAAGCUGUUCCAACUGUUCUGAUUGAGAAGUCCGGGUUCCCCUAGUACAACUUUUUCAUGGUUUACAACUGGACGGGGUGGUGUGUGCCGAAUUGUGAAUCUGGAUUUGAUUGGAAAAUUAUUCACAUCCCUUUCCAACUGACAGUGAGCGGUGUGGAAGCGACCCGUGUUAGCGACAAAUUACACGCGUGCGACUUUUAGGUGUAUUGCCGUGCGAGAAAGUCAGCAGCGAACGAAGUGAAACCGGAAGUGUUCAGCUGUGUCCCCCUCCGAGAACUAGAGCUGCGAUUUCAUAAAAUCCCGAACCCAACAUGGCUGUGCUGCAAUCGAUAAUCCUGGCCAGUGUCCUACUGCUGAUAUUUGUUGUGCAACGAGGUGAUGCGAUCAAAUGCUUCGUGUGCAACAGUGCAGAGGAUUCGCAGUGUUCGUACGACAUUCCACCGAUGGACAUGCAGACAGAUUGCGACACCUACAAGGAUGGCAAUAAGUAUACCUUCUGUCGGAAGAUUGUCCAGUCGAUCGAAUUCUCCGUCAACAAUCUUCCUCCGGAUACCAGAGUGAUCCGUGGCUGCGGAUGGGAUGAAUCUUCCUACAAGGGUAAAUGUUAUCAGCGUUCCGGUUUCGGAGGUCGUCAGGAGGUCUGUGCCUGCUUCGAGGACAACUGCAACGGUGCAUCAUCGCUGCAUGCCACCCUCGGACUGUUGCUAGCUGCUGCCCUCGCCUUCUUAGUUCGUGCUUAAUCUCGUUGUGUGAAGAUGGAGAAAGAUUUAGUUUUUGAUAAAACAACACUCCCUUACCGCUGUUUAUUCUUAUGUUGAUUGAAUUUAGAGUAAUGUUACCGACUAUAGAAACGACUAAUGAACAACAACACUAAUUUAAAAAUGCAGAAUACUAUAAGCAGUUGAUAGAUCCGAGCAUAAGGACACGCUAUGAAGUUAGUAGGCAUUUUAUAAUCUGUUCAGAAACCUAUGCUAUAUUGGAAGGCGUAUGGUAAGAAUCGAAUAGAUUAAACAAACAUCAUAUUUGAUAGUAUAAAUACAAAUCGAGACGAUAAUGACAAAACCAAAAAUCCAGUUGCGAUUAUUUUGUUCCAACAGUCAUUGGUUUAUUUUUCAGUUACACGACCAGAUUAGCUGAAUGAUUUGUAAAUUCGCUCAUAACGGAUUAGUUUUUUAGAAGUCUGCCUAAAAAUAAAUAAGCAGUUUGAAACGAAAGGAAUUAUGUUUCGGUUCCGUCCCAGAAAGAAAAAUAAUCAAAUGCAAAGUGUUCAGUGAAGGUAACAUUCGCUCGUAUGAUGUUUUUAAUAAUUUGUUCACUCAUUGGCGUGCAAGGGCAGUCGAAGGUGAAGGUGAUUGAGCUGGUGUUUGGUACUCGAAGACAAGUAUUGGUACUAGCAAUAUUAUGUAAAUAUAUGUACUGUAGUUUGUGAGUGUUCAGUUUUAAGUUUAGCAAUGGUCACAGUUUGAAAAUGGAGGUACAUUCAAGAAAAACCUUUUGAACAUUAUGCUAAGUUCGAGUAUAGACUACCGGAAUAAAGACAAAUAAAAUAAAUUAUUUCGGUUCAAGUUAACAUGAUGAUUUGUUCAGGAUGAGGUUUUAAAUCGGUUUUCAUUGGGACCUCCGUGAAGGCAAAAGAAAUGUAAAACCUGUGCUGCCAGUAUAUUUGUUUCUGUUGUAGCUAUUGCGCUAUAUAGUUAGUCGGAAGAACUAUCGAAAAUGAUGAAUGUGAAUUAACUAAACAAGUAACAUUCGCUUAUAGUAGAGAUUUAUCGUAACUGUCAACAAAAAAAAACAUAUAAAUACUACGAUGCUAAGAAAAUACGAUGUUAAGGGGUUUCUGUUAGUGAUACAGGACUGCCCGUGGAAGGAAUGAGUUCGCCACAUUUGGGACGCUUAGCACUUGAAAGUGUAUUCCUUCCACCAGUCGCUUCACCUCCCGUAAUAGAAUCUACACGUUCAUGUUACUUAGUUAGUGAGCACCCAUUGAAUCUAAAUUUUAUUUUCUACUAAUAUCUCGGUCAGGAGAAGAUAGUAUUUAUUUUACUUUUUAUACGAGAUUAGUAGUCGGUGCUGGCUUAGCGGUAAAGCAUUGUAUUUUGCUGAUCAGAAUAUUUUUUGGAACAUAAACGGAAAGAAAACUAGCGUUCUAAGAUUCACAAUAGUGUUAUGUAAGAACAAAUUAAAUAAACGAAAAUAUACUGCUUUAUACGCUGAAUGAAAUCGAACUUACAAUAGAACAGUGUUAGAAUUUAAUAAAAUGUUUCAAAACAAAAUCAUAAAACACAAAAAAGAAAACGAACUUGUAGAGUUAAGCAAACUAUAACUUCGGUAUAUAACUAUACCUACAUCCUGUCGUUGAAUGUUCUGAAGGAACAGAUAGAUCGGCUGCUAUGUUUCGCAUCCUACUUCGAGUUUAACAAAAAAAGAACCAGUUCAUCAACCUGGAAUGCUUCGUUCUAAGCGACAUAAACCAACUUCCGGAAAACCCGCAACUUACAUCGCAUUUACAACUACUCUCUGCAACCAUCGGAUAUCGUUCGCAAUCGUUUUUCAACAACACAAUUUCUUCGAAAUGUUUUAUUUAGACAUUUUACUUUGCUAAAUGAAGGUUUUCUUUGUAUUACAAAAUUGAAUUCAGAAAAGGCUUUAAGAACAGGAUCGGUAAUUAAAGAUCUAACAACAUCAAACACGUUUAGGACAAAUAAAUAAGAAAAUUCAGUUUUAGUCUAACAAAA